GUCACAUAAAAGGGACCCGGACGCCAGUUCUACAUCAUAUUAAAGCUCGAUCCUGAGCCGAAGGAGGACUUUAAACUAUGUAGGCACGGUGGACAGGGUUUAAAUGGGCAAUCUGAUGGGCAUCUGGAGAUAUAAGGAGCCGAGCACAGUGGAAGAAUGCGACUCGACGUGGGAAACGGACUCAGAGAGCGACGAGCAUCAGCUGGGAGGAGAGGAAGAGGAGGAGGAGGACAGCGGCAUCUCCGAGUCCAUGAGUCCGGCGGAUGCAGUCAGAGGAGCCCAGCAGCUGGAUCACGGAUCACCGAAGUUUGGUGACAAGAUGGAGUCCUCUACUAGGUUGAAAAGGAGCUUUUACGCCGCAAAGGACUUGUACAAGUAUCGGCACAGUUAUCCGAACUACAGGGAGCUUCAUCACCCGAACGAAUACCGCAAUCUGAGGUUCUAUCUGAAUAAGAUCCCCCUGGUGCCGGACGGUAUUUAUAUCGAAGAAAUCCUCACUAAAUGGAGGGGCGACUAUGAAAAAUUAGAGCACAAUCACACAUACAUUCAGUGGCUCUUCCCACUCAGAGAACAAGGCCUAAAUUUUUAUGCUCAAGAACUCACUCAGGAUGAGAUAAAGGAAUUCCAAAGCACUCGAGAAGCCAGGAGACGCUUCCUCCUAGCAUAUACGAUCAUGUUGGAUUUCUUUGGAAUCAAGUUAUUGGAUAAAAACGGGAACGUGGCUCGGGCCCCAAACUGGCAAGAUCGCUUCCAGCACCUGAAUGAGUCGCAGCACAAUUACCUGCGCAUUACUCGCAUUCUGAAGAGUCUUGGUGAACUGGGCUUUGAAAGCUUCAAGCUUCCUCUGGUGCAUCUGCUGUUGGAGGAGGCGCUGGUGGAGGGCACUUUACCCAACAUGCGUCACAGCGCACUGGAAUACUUCGUCUACACGCUGCGCCAACACAGUCAGAGACGAGCCCUGCUCCGCUUCGCCCAGCGCCACUACCAGCCACCUGAGAACUUCAUCUGGGGUCCACCCAAGAAAAAGCGCAUUCUGGCCUCUGGAUCCGCAGGGAUGAAGUCAGGGAAAAAUGAGGUGGUGGAGAGGAGUGUGGGCAAAGCCAGGUCACCCAGGGAGGGAAGAAAUAACUUUGAGAGAGAGGCAGACGACAUGGACAAUAGGAAGAGUGGAGAGUGGAAAACAUCGAAGCUCCUUCAGGAGGUCAGGGGAAGGGUAGAUCUAGAAGAAUACAUUGAGACCAUUCCUCUGUAAGAAUAGAAAGAAUUAUCAGAGUAGCUUAAGAUGAUCUUAAAGUUAGGUAAAAGAAUGGCACAGCAAUAUUAUUCCAUACUAUUGCCUUUUAGAGACUUGCUUUUUGAACAACUUGACUGUUUGCCCUUUUUUUAAUAUGAGGCGUUUUUCUUAACUCUGAAUACUUUUCAAAGUGUUAGCAGGUAAAUUUCUCUACUGUAAUUCUUACUUGCAGCCCUCUGGAGAGUUCUUAGCACAUGUUCAAGUGUGAGUAUACAGUAUAUAAGUGCUACCUGAGCACAUUGUAUGUGUGAAAUAUUGCACUUUUUGACUAUUCCGUCUUCCCCUUUUUGAGAACAUUAUCUUAGUGUACAGGCUUUGAGAUGAGGCUUUAUUUGCUAAUCAUAAGCCCGUCUCUUAGACAGAUGUCUCUUGUUUUCUGUUCAGAGCUCGCUGAUUAUUCGGAUACUCGUAGCUCCUUGUAUCAGACCAUAAUAAUAAUAAUGUGUAGUAAGUGUUAAUAUACUUGCAGGAAUUUUCAGGUAAUUGAUCUUCCAUGUUUCUAAAGGUACGUGUGAGAUCUUAAUCCAGUUUUCUAGAAUACGUCUUACAAUAUGAAGUGCCUCUUCUUUCGUUUGUUAAAGCAUACGUGACGUGCUUUAUCAUUUCGAUUCGGAAGUCGCACAGUAAGCCGUUUAUGGAGAAAUGCAAUUAUAAAUGAGCAAAACAAACUUGAAUUCAGCCUCUUUUGUGUUUUAUGUUAUUUUUUCGAUAAAACAUAGCCUUAGCUCUGAUUUUAGAAUGAAAAUGAAAAUAAAUGCAAUAUACUCAGUAUAUUGUAUACAGUAAAUGUGGUGUGAAAGUAACCGCCUCAAGUUCAAUUGGCGGCACAAUACACACUUGUUUACCGAUCAUAACUUGCUAGUUAAAGCACAUCAAAAGGUAUAUAUAUAUAGUUUAUAUUAAGGUUAAUCAAUGAAGGAAUCAGCAAAACAUGGAAUAACUAAGCCUACAUUCACCUUAGUAAAGCCAUUAAAUGUCCCUGGCUCCUUAGUUGAGAAAAAAAGUUAAUGUGUAGUUCAAUAUAUGCUCAAUACUAUAAAUUAAUAUAAUUUUUUUGGAGGGGAGGGGACAGUUAUUUAUUUAUGUGGACUCCAUUUUCUUAAAAACAUAUGCUAUUUUACAGCAACUGUUUAACAGUUUUGAAAGAUAAUGUUAAUAUCAUUAGAAAGCAGAGACUUUGAUUUUUCAUUUAGUGCAUGCAAUUUAAAACGACUCAAAUUGAUGGAGCAAUUCACAUAUGUACAUGUGAGUGUGUGCUGCCUUUCUUGAAUCAUUCUUACAGUGUUUAAGUGUGGACAAUCAUGGCAAUGAUGGUCACUAUCCACAUAGAAUACUAAUCAAUGAGUGCUUUUAUUAUCUAAUAUUAAUAUGGAUCAAGCUUGUAUGUUACGUGUGUUUGUUCAGAGUGUACACAGAGGGCUAGACAAUACCGCCACAGCACAGGUGUGUGUGUGUGUGUACAGGAUGUCAUGGGUUUCUGCCUUUUUUAGUUUCUAACGGCACACAAACAGAAGCAAAAAAAAAAAAAAACAAUUCAGGAAAGACUAAAUCCCUCUGUAGUGGCUGAAGUCCGUCUUCCCUUUUUCUGUUGGAUUAAAUGUUGCUUCUUUUUCUCAGUCAAUAAUUUAGACUGAGCACACUUUUUUGUCUAACCCAGUUCAUACCCUGGAGUUAAUUAAACCACAUCGCUCUGAAUGUGUGAGAGUCAUGGAUGAAAAGAGGGGGUCACAUUCUGCUCCAUGGUUCCUCCAAAUGGACAGAUAAUUCUUGUGUCCAAAAGCUGAAAACACAUAGUUGUUAUGUCUAUUAAGAUGCCUUCAUCUGGUUGGUUUCUGAAUUCAGCACAGAUGUGCACUGCAAUAUCCAACAAUCUUGCACAUGUGGUAUGGCAGUUGGUGAAAAGAACAACAAGGCAUCGGAUGGAGAGAUUGAUUAUUCAUAAAUCUCAGUUUUUUUUUUUUUUUUACUUCUACUAAGAAAUAAUUAUUCAUAUUUGCUUGCUUAUCUCUUAAGCUCACUUUGGAAACUAGCCUGAAACCAGUUUUCUUUGGGGAGGGGCUUUUACAAAAACAUUGCCUUUAAGUCAAACUAGGCAAUCAGAAUUGUGUUUCUGACUUCUGUCCUGUUGGGAAACAAAUAGCCAUCUUCUCUUUGUCCAUCUGAAGAACCUGUGGUUCUAAAAGACUGAUGAAUCCCCAUCUCAGUAUUUCAGUGUUUUGUGCCAUAAUAGCGUGGUGACCGUUUGACUGGUGUCAUGUAAGGUGCCAUGAAUGUUUAGAACUUAGAACUUUGCUGAGAAGUGAUCAUUUGUAAUCAAAGGAAGUGUAACUUUUGGAAGUUCAUAUUUGGAUGUUUCUGUUGUGGCCUACUGUUUAAUAAAGUGCAGCUCUUUGACGA